UUUUCAGCCUUCUCAAAUACUGGCUUGAUACCCCAAGUCAGGGCUCAUCCUGACGAGUAUAUAAGCUCACCCCCAAUCACCGUAGAAACACAUCCUCACCCAACCAACUACUCUUCUCACUUUACUCUACUUCUGUCUUACCAAAAUAACUAAAAUGCCAAACUCAGCAACAGGGAAGAUUUCCACCACCAAAAUGAACUUGUGGAUACUUCUUUCUGCAUUGAUACUACUACCAGCAGCAGCCUUCACCAAUUCCGUCGUGACCUUGCCUUCACACAACGGUAACCAACCAGAGAACCAACAGCAGCAACGACAGGCGGACGAUAACCAUGUUCCAGCUACAAAUCAUUCACGCACUGUUGGAAAACAUGGUGCCCACGCCCAGUCGGCCUUCAAGGUUUACAAUACUUGCAAAUUAUCUAAAUCUUUCUCACUUACAUUCGACGAUGGACCAACGGAGUACAGUGCCAAGUUGGAUAAAACUUUGGAAAAAGCCAACCUCAGGGGAACGUUUUUCAUCAACGGGAAUAACUUCGGUUGUAUCUAUGAUCAUAGUGAGGUGUUGGUAGAACGAUUCAAAAAAGGCCAUCUGAUUGGGAGCCAUACUUGGUCUCAUGUUCACUUGACCGAAGGUACCUACGAACAAAUCAAUCACCAAAUUGAAUUGAUUGAACGAGCCAUGAUCAAGAUUUUGGGAGUCAAGCCGCUUUAUUUCAGACCUCCUUACGGCGAAUAUAACGACGAUGUGAUCAAGGUCUUGAAGAAAAGAGGAUACAAGGGCUUAAUCCUGUGGUCGGAAGAUUCACAAGACAGCUUAACGUCUCCCCCCAAUCCACACGAAAUGAUUAAGACUUAUCAAACUUACUCGGACAAAACCAUAGUGCUUAGCCAUGAGACUCAUCCGUUUAUGAUUGAUGAGGUGGUACCAGGUGUGAUCCCCAAACUGAAAUCGAAGGGCUUCAAGUUGCUACCAGUCGCCGAUUGCUUAGAAUUGGGGUCCACUCCUAAUGAUUGGUAUGAAGUUGUCAAAAUGCCGGGUUCCAAGGAUGAAUCGUGGACUUGUGAUGGCACACCGGCACCAGGAAUGUUCGAAUAAAUGUCGACGUCUUCGCCAAUGCAUACUUAAUAAUACGUUGUCUCGUUGAUACACACAUCAUUUAUAUCCUUUUCACUCAACAGUAUUCACAAAAAAAAACAUUCGAUUUUAUUAUCAAAACGAUGUACUUCUAAUCCUGCUUCUAUCUUAUACCUCAUUUCUUCUAAACUCUAUUGAAUAAUGCUAAGUCUUUCUUGAU